GCGGGUGGUACCGCUUCGAAUGGGAGUGCCAGACAUCGACUUCAGCUCCAGUCUCGCCAUAGCAGGUGACCACCACUACACCGACCAGCGGCACCACGGCAUGGGCCGUCACCGCGGAGGACGCGAUGGACAACAGCACCGAAGCCAGCGCACCCACCGCCACGGCGACCUCCACGACGCCCCCGCACAGCACCACCAUCACAGCAUCGUCGACGACUUCGCCUCCCGCAAUCACUUCGCUGACCAUCUCGACGGACGCCUUCGCGAUUCUCCCGCGCACGGCGACUAUCGCUGCACCGACUUCACCCACCUUUUCUCUUACGAGCACAGCGACGGAGGUUUCGCGGCCGCGGUCGGAUAUUUUGAGUUGGCAACGUUAGCGGACACCGCGAAAGCGGAGGACGCGGCAGCCAUGCAAUUUGUUUCAACGAGCCAGUCCAGUUUACAGGUGGCGGUCGACGGAAUUGAGGCUGCGGUUUCCAAGGUAGAUGUGGAUGAUGUCGUCGACGGCUUCCUCUCCCUGCCACGCGUGGGCAAUGCGACCGGAGUCAGCGGCGCAGAGGGCGCGAUCAGCUUCGGCUUGAAAUCAGACGUCGACGAUUCGACCCUGAGGGCGACAUGCCUCGCCAAUCCGAUCUUGAUCGACUUGCCGAACGUGAACAGCGGCCUCGCGCGCGGCUACUUCGACGCGGGCGCCGCGGAUCG